CUUUCCUUCCGGGACAAAAUUCAUAUCAUCCAUACUCACAUAUUAGACAACAUGGCCAACUACGCUAAGCUCCCAGCCGGAGCAACACUCGACGUCACGCCAUUCAAGGCUCACGUUGACGAGGACAAGCUACUCCACCUCAAGAAGCUGUUGGAGCUCUCACCCAUUGGCCCUGCUGUCUUCGAGAAUACCAAUGCAGGUCGGAGGUAUGGUAUUGAAAGAGACUGGCUUGAACAUGCGAAAAAUGUGUGGCUAAAUGAUUUCGACUGGCGCAAACAGGAAGACCGAAUCAACUCUUUCCCAAACUUCAAUGCUACUGUGAAGGAUGCAGACGGUAAUGACACCAACAUCCAAUUCCUGGCCUUAUUCUCCGAGAAAGCUGAUGCUAUUCCGAUCGCUUUCUUUCAUGGCUGGCCAGGCUCUAUCUGCGAGUUCCUGGACAUCCUGGAAAUCCUCAGAAAGAAGUACUCUCCUAAAGACUUACCAUACCACAUUAUCGUUCCGUCGCUUCCAGGCUAUGCAUAUUCAUCCGGUCCACCACUCAACACGGACUACGGAAUCGACCUAGCUGCUGGAGCACUCAACAAUUUGAUGGUCGGUCUGGGGUUCGGCUCCGGAUACAUAGCCCAGGGCGGUGACCUUGGCAGCUUCGUGAGCAGAUUUCUUGCAAUGAGCUACGACGCCUGCAAAGGCAUGCAUGUGAAUAUGAUGGUGCCAGCAGGGGAGCCUGAAAUGAACGAGCCAACGAAGAAGGCGCUGCAAAAGGCAGGCGAGUUCAUCGACACGGGGUAUGCGUUUGCACUGGAGCAAGGAACAAGGCCGGCAUCAAUAGGCCUAGCCCUGAGUGCCAGUCCGUUGGCACUUCUCUGCUGGAUUGGAGAAAAGUUCCUCGAAUGGACCGACGAAGAUCCCCCACUUGAGAAGAUCCUCGAAGCAGUAACGUUGUACUGGAUGACGGAUACUAUACCCCGAUGCCUCUACCAUAACCGCGGCCUGGGCGGCGACCCAAAUGAGAAGCCAAAGAUUGCAAGGAUUAGUGUGGUGACAAGUCGAGCACCGCUGAACCUUCCAUACGUCGACAAGCCUUGUGGGUACUCGUUGUUUGCCCAUGAGAUCGUCCCAAUUCCGAAGACUUGGGCGGCCACCACUUGCAAUCUGGUGUCAUUCAAUCACCACGACCACGGUGGUCACUUCGCGGCCAUGGAGAAGCCUAAUGAGCUGCUUGCAGAUGUCGAGGAGUACAUCAAGAGAGCAUGGAAGGCUACUGACAAGGAAUGAACAUGGGAAUUGACAGACAGGCGACUCUUAUGGAGCGUCAUCAUCUUCGGCAAUGCUGCGAGACACGACCUGCCACUGUUGGCGGUGCUGUGAGGACAAUAAUGAGGUGUG